UUACUUGUCAUUUCCAUCCAAUUUCAUCAUUUUCAUUCAAAGUUAUUGGCUGGUUAUUGGAUGUUAGGAUUUUUUUGGUGAAGAAAAUUAUAUCUUCUGUUUUAUUUUAAUAAGUUGUGUUUCUAUAAAAAAAAUCAUAAUGCUGAAUUCAUUUUUUCGUGGACUUCUCGGGGCUGAGGAGCCGCCGACCAAAGUUCUAGAGGUCCGGUCGGACAACUACAUUGCAAGAUCUAUACAUUACAGAGAAGAUUCUAUGUUGCUUUAUGGUCCUAAAAUACCAAACGACGGAAAAAAUCCUAAAGAUAAAUAUUACGAAAUAGUUCUACAUAAACCGUUUACAGAAAGUUUACAUCAGAUGUACAGUUUAUUUCGCUCAGAGAGCAUGGAAACUGCAGAAGAGAAAUUUAUUGUAUACAAAGAAAGAAUACCAAUUUAUAUUCAAAUUACUAAGGAAUGCACUGUGCCCAGUCUCCAAAAGUUAUGUGAUACACUGUCAGAGCACCAGUCUUGGUCAAUAGCCCAUUUAAUUGCACACUUUGGGUAUCAUGAAUACUUCAACAAUCCAGUGGUACAGAAGUAUAUCAAUGACAUAGAUCCUAUCACAGGGGCCACACCUUUAAUGGUGGCUGUGAAGACAUGCAGUGUGCGUGUGGUGCAGAGUUUGGUCUCAUUAAAUUGUUCCUUAGACACCAUUGAUAUGGAAGGAAACACAGUGUUCCACUAUGCGGCAGCUAGCAAUAAAGAAAUUAUUAAUGCUUUAGCGAGUAAGACGUCGACGUCUCUGAACGUGUACAACAAGCAAGGCUACACGCCGCUGCACAUGGCGUGCCUCGCCAACGCGCCGGACUGCGCACGCGCACUCAUGCUCGCCGGCGCCGACGUCAACCUGUCUGCCGCCAAGCGAUCCACCAGCGUUUUGCCAGGCAUAGUCGGCGACAUAUUACAAGACAACCAACCCAAACUCUACCAACAAGACAUGAAACACGGCGGCACACCGUUACACUGGGCGAUAUCUCGCGAAGUGAUCGAGGCUUUAGUCGACAAAAACUGUGAUAUAAACGCUUUAAAUUUCGACGGACGCACCGCACUACACAUUAUGGUGUUACGCGGCCGAUUAGAGUGCGCCAUCGCUUUACUGUCGAGGGGGGCUGAACACUCUCUAUGCGAUAACGAAUUGAACACACCUCUUCAUUUGGCCGUGAAACAGUCGAAUAUAGCGAUCGUGCAAGCGCUGGUUGUGUUCGGAGCGGAUUUGGAAGCGAAGAACAAUAUGGGGUACACGGCCAGGCAUUUGGUGCAUACUGAGAUGUCGAAUAGCAAUGCUGAUAAAAUAUUGUACGUGCUGCACGCUGUUGGGGCUAAAAGAUGUCCGGAGGAGAGCCGGGGCUGCGGCCCGAGUUGUUCUGCCCGCGGCGACUACAACGGCGUGCCGCCCGCGCCCGCGCCGGGCGCCGCCGCGAGAGACCUCGUCAGCCAGAUGCUGGCCGUGGCCGCCAUGGACAAAUCCGCCAGUCUCGAAGCCAGCGAGAAGCAGGGAAAAUUACUUUGCCUCGACGGUGGUGGAAUUCGUGGCCUGGUGUUGAUCCAAAUCCUAUUGCACCUCGAAGAAGCCGUUGGUAGGCCGAUCAUAAGCUGUUUCGACUGGGUAGCGGGCACCAGCACGGGAGGGAUACUGGCACUCGCCUUAUCCUCAGGCAAGAGUCUGCGGGAGUGCCAAAGGCUGUACUUCAAACUCAAAGAGUAUGCGUUUGUGGGAAUGAGGCCGUACGCUUCGGAACCGCUUGAGGCUAUACUGAAGGAGUGUUUGGGUACAGAAACAGUAAUGACAGACAUUCAACAUCCAAAGUUGAUGAUAUUGGCUGUGCUGGCGGACAGGAAACCAGUCGAUUUACACAUUUUCAGAAAUUAUCAAUCGGCGCAGGAUAUUCUCAACGAUUUAAAUGGCACAUCAAGUCCCCGCGAGGCGGCGCCGCCGGGCGCGGGCGGCGGCGACGCGUGCUUCCGGCCGCCGCGGCCGCAGGAGCAGCUGGCGUGGCAGGCCGCGCGCGCCACCGGCGCCGCGCCCUCAUACUUCCGCGCAUUCGGCAAAUACUUGGACGGCGGGCUGAUGGGAAAUAAUCCGACAUUAGACGCUCUGACAGAACUUGCUGAAUUGAGGCUCGCUUUCCGUGGCUCAGGGCAACUAGAAAAAGUUCCAAAGACUAACUUGAAAGUUGUCGUAUCUUGUGGGACCGGUCUCAUUCCAGUGUCUCAAUUGAAAGACAUAGACGUGUUUAAGCCGGGCAGUUUGUUUGAGACGGCGAGGCUCGCGUGGGGUUUAUCGGCCAUAGGAUCUCUGCUUGUUGAUCAAGCGACGCAGUCGGACGGGCGCGUGGUGGAGCGCGCGCGCGCGUGGUGCGCAUGCGCGGGCGCGCCGUACUACCGGUUCUGCCCGCCGCUGUCGCGCGACGUGGCCAUGGACGAGUGCUCGGACGAGCGGCUCGUGACCAUGCUGUGGGAGGCGCACGCCUACAUGCGCGACCACCGCGACAUGGUCAAGGAACUCGCCGCGCUGCUCACCGACACCGAUGAUAAAAUAUAAAAAUCUUUCGGUUUGUACCAUUCUCAUUAUAAUGUAAAUGUAUGUAAUAUGUUUUCUUGUGCGUACAAAAUAUUUGUUUCUACAGGAAUGUGUAGUAGUGUUUAAAACUGAUUUGUUCUGAAUUUAAAAUUUAUUAAGGGCCGUUUAUAUGCAAUAUGCUCAACGUGCGUUUUCUUAAUCCGUUAUUUUCAUAUAAAAUAAUAUAGCAACGAGUGGAGCGCUUGUCAUGUGAACAGGCCCUUAAUAAUAUUCAAAAAGAUUUAUUUUAUGAUUUAAAAAUGUAUCUAUUACAUUCGUUAUGAAUUUUAAAUAUUGAUAAAUAAUAAAUAUACGUUAAUUUUUAUUUAAAUAAAUAAAGUUUAAAUAAACGCUGUAAAAUAUAAUUAAGAUUCUACCUUUAAUUUAUUAUACGAGUAAUUAUUAAAUAGUAACAAAUAAAUAAGAUUAAUUUGUUUUUGCUUAAUUUGCUAUCCAUAUUGGUUAAUCUAUUGUUAUGAUUUUUGUUAUGUUCGUCAAAGAUGUUUUUGUUGUUGUAAAAUUACAAUUUUACUACAGGGAAACUAAGAUUUAGUUUAGUUGAACAUGUUUAGGUGGGAAUAAAAUCCCGCGGUACGCACAACGUUCCAUAGGCUUUGUACCCUGUAUUGAAGCCAGUCAUUAAACUAGGGCAGCUAAUGUUAGACCUUGAAACUUUUCUCAAGGGGUCAUUUCAUAAAUGGUUGCAAUCGCAUUGCAAGUUAUAAUUUCUUAUGAAUAUAUAAUAUAUGUGAAAAUAAUUAUGAAUAUAGUGACGUUGUCGCUUGCUCAUAUUUAAAUAUAGUGCGAUUUAACGUCGCAGUCUCCAGUCGCAAGUGUUAGAACAUUGCCUUUAUAGAAAUUAUAUAUGGGACUAAAACGUUCAUAAGGAUAUGAAAUUAAAAUAUAAACAAUAUUCAAAAGCUCGAUAUGUUAUAUUACAUAGAUAUAAUUACACUGAUUUAUAUGUCAGUGUAACAUAAUGCUAUACUAUAAGGGAACUUAAAUUUCAUAUAAAAGGUAUUUAAAUUUUGACUAAUAUAUCUAUACUAAUAUAUAAAGCUGAAGAGUUUGGAUGUGCUAAUGUCAGGAAAUUUACUGGUGGUAGGUCUAUCAUAUGUGAGUCCGCCUGGGUAGGUACCACCGCAAUGUCUAUUUCUGCCGCCAAGCAGCAGUGUGUAGUCACUGUUAUGUUCCGGUUUGAGGGACAUUGUAGCCAGUGUAACUACUGGAUAUACUAAGACUUAACAUCUCAUGUCUUAGGAUGACGAGCGCAGUGGAAUACCAAACAAUACUUUGUAAUUCACCGUGUUGGAUGGUGUUUCUACCGUUUAUGGGCGGUCGUAACGCUUACCAUCAGGUGAACGGCAAGCUCGACACGUCAUACAAAGAAAUAUAAAAACUGCUAAACCGAUUUUGAAAUAUUUUUCACUAAGAAGAAGCUACAUUAUUCCCGAGUGCUAUAAGCUACUUCUUAGCGCGGGCUGAGCUGCAAGCAAAAACUAGUUAAACAUAUAUCGAAUAACGACGGUAUUGAUGCUCAUAAUUCCAUAAAGUAUUAUGUAUAAUAAUUUAAAUAUUAUAAUAUAAAUUAAAUAUGCAAUAUUUUUUAAAUAACAGUGCAUAAUAAUGUCCGCUUAUUCGUGUAUAUUCCUGUUAAGAUAUAUUCGAUUUGACAAAUAAUUUCUUAUAUUUUCAAUUCAGUGAACACAAGUUUUAUUAAAGGGGUCGUCCAUUAACCACGUGAUAUUUUUUAGUAACUUUUUAAGCCCUCCCUCCCCCUGGUAAUAUAUGGUGAGGUUUUAGACUACCCCACCCUACCCAAAAUCACGUGUCAAGGUAAAAGAUCACGCACCGCUUCUUAGUUUAGAAAUAGUGCGAUCAACGAAAAAUAAAUACACGUGAUAACUUAUUACAACCCCCUCCCUUUCCUUGUGAUAUUUCGUUAUUUUAUGUUAUCCUUUCGUGCCUCACGUGAUAAAUGGGCGACCCCGAGAACAUAUAUCACGAUUUUAGUGCAUUAUAUUAAUUUUUAUGUGAUUUGAGUAUCUUUAAUGGUUUCUUAUGUUUAUGCGAAUGUUAGACAUUGAAAUAAAACUAUUUUACGGAUUUCAUCGCAAUUUUUUAUAUAUUGAUAUUCUCCUGACGUUUCGAAGAGGUGUUGGUAGUCCGAGAAGUCGAAGUUGUAAUACGUACCUACAUUUUAAAAUUAUACAAAAAUUUUAAUUAUUUUAGCUAUUGACGAUCCGAUCUACGCAGAAUGUAUAAAUGUAAUAGUUAAGACAAUUUAAAAUUUAAUUUAAAAAAAAGUAAAAAUUUAAUUAAAAAAAAAGUAAAAUUUAAGUAAAAAUUGUAAUUUUAACUUUUCGGACUACUAACACUUCAGUCGCACCCGAUGAGCAAGAAGGCUGCAAAGUCUUCGAGACGUAGGGAGAAAAUAAUAAUUAAAAAAAACUCGAUAAAAUCCGUAAAAUAGUUUUAUUUUAAUUGUGUAUAAUUAUAGAACAAGGAAUGAAAAUGUCUACGAAUUCUUAUUAUAAUUUGUGUUGUAACUUUUAGCGUCUUUCAACUAAUAUUGAAAUUAUUUUGUAAUAUAUUUAUGUUUAUUAUUAAAACGGUAACAAAUUAAUUAUUGUAAACUAUUAGUUAAUUAGAUAAGGAAUUCCAUGACAUGUUUAAAAAAUCGACCCAUGUGAAUGAAAUGUGUAUAAGAAAUAUUUCUGAAAAAAUCAGUUGAGUGAAUUUCCCUAUAAAGUCCAUUUAUGCUGUAGAAAAAUGUCUACAGUGUGGUUUUACCUUUAUUCUACAGAACGAAUCAGAUAAAAAUGAAAAAUAUUGAUUACCUUAUAUAACUAUAGACAUGUAUGCUGUCAGUAACAAUACCAGUGUGUACUAAGUUUGAAUAUGUAUAUUAAAAUUGUUUGAGGCUAUGUUCAUGGUAUGUACAGUUAGCCAGAAAAGUAGCUGAACGAAUUAAAUAAUUUCAAAUCGUUGUGUCCGUAUUAACAAUCACUUUUCCUUAACUAAAAUAAUCUUCAAAAGGAUUAAUUAUUUACAUAAACAAAAAAAAUAUUCGAAUAUAUUAAAUGUGCAGAAGCGAUUAGAAGUUUCGAGUUUCAUCUACUUUUGUGGCUGACAGUACUUGUCAGCGUCAGUAAAUAAAUACGUAGAUUUAAAUCUGCACUUAAAAAGUUAUUUAGACGCGUUGGCGAAGCAGAUAAUAUCGUUAAGGGUGCAUUCCAAUCAGACAGACUUGCGUUCCGGAGAUCAGUUGCUUGGUGUCGCUCGAUCUAAUGCGUCAAAUAGGUCGGCAUAAUUGUGCUGCCUGGCUAACGAUAAUCAUUCUAUCUAGACCCCACUUCACUUACCAUCAGGUGCAGUGGGGUCUAAUGGAAUGUCGAUUAACAAGAGAUGAUUACCCCUUGGCAGUCGACACAAUUAUGCUGGCCGGCUGAUCCCGGAACGCGAUAUACUUACGUAGGCAAUAUGGCGGGCUUUAACACCUUGUGUACGGUGGUCGCAAUAAAGGCAGAUAUAUAUCCUAUCACGAGCAAGUUCUUUAUCUCCCCCGCCUCAUUACGAGUUUUAAUGAUUCAAGGUAAUUUAUCUAAAAUACAUUGUUUUUUUUUAAUACGUCUACCAAGUUCCACAAAUUAGUGGAAAUGUAAUGAACAGACACUGGUGGAGACAAAUAAUCCGUUAUUAAUGCGGUACAUCCAAUGAUGACCAUGAUUCUGUCAUGAGAAACCGACUACAGAGACGUUUUUAGCUUUGCAUCUCGAUGUACACAGACACUGCUUACAGGAGUUGCAACGGUCUGAGUGCGAGUCAAUGGUUUUUCUCUAAUUAUUUAUUAGUCUUAUAAUCUGUGGAUAUUAAUCAAACCAGGGACUAUCUUUGGUACUAGAUAAUCCUCAGUUGGUCUUGGAUUUGUAAUAAGAAUGAAUUUUAGUCCAAGAACUAACGUUAAUACCGUAACAAACCUAGACUUUUUAGUCUUGGUUUAAACCCAGUACUAAGCUAUGUUUUUGUAAUAAGGCGGUAGAGGUGUGACGUGAAUGAUACAUUGUCGGAUUUGAUUUAUACUGUAAUAAAUGUAUAGCGCGACUUUGUUACCGCAAUAGUGCAAUAAAAGUGAUUUAUACAGACGUAGUGAGAAUUAUAAUUAGUGUUGUUGAUUUUUCAGAGAUUUAUUUUGUCAGAUUUAACCUAUUUGUAAACGCCGAAGUAUUCGUACUAAACAUUUUCUUACCAAAUUGUAUGGUUACAAAACACAAUAGUAUUUGUGGAUUCUAUGAAUUAUUUGUAGAACAUUUCAGCGUUUACUGAGGUUUGAGGUAAUCCGUAUUGUUAUCACAAAUACUUUUAUUUCGCAGUGUGGGCUAGCAAGUUUGUAUAAAUGUUUAAUUAUCUUAUAACUUCGCAAAUUUGUCGAAUGUGUUGUCACUUAUUAACCGAUUUGUAAUCAAAUUCAUAUUCGGCUUUGUAUUUGUAAAUCAUUGUGUUGAUAAAAAUAUCAUUUGUAAGAUAUACCCAUUUUUUGGGAAGAUAUAUAAUGGGCAUUCUAAAGAUAUGGUUUUAGUAUUUCUUAUAGUAAAAGGUUUAUAUAACCAAGUUCAACUAGUAAUUAAUUCUUUGUAUUGUAUCAACAAUCUUAUGAAUAUUUAAUUACUAUUAUAGUAUCUAUUUUUAUUAACACAAAUGGUUAAUAUAUGUAUAAAUUUGUCUUUAAUUUGCUAGCUCCUGUGUAUAAAAAUAAAAAGGUCACAGAAAAAUGAGUUUCAAUUCAAACACCAAGUUUAUUUCUAAAGCAUUUUAUAUUUCUCUCGUAAUGAAACUAUAUAUUUAUACUAAGCUUAUACAAAGACUCAAUAAUAUCACAUUUCUGAUGUGGAUAUUAUCAAUCCACUCACAUUACUUAUUACUAUAACUACGCUAAGUACCACCAACAAAGUAUUAAGCCGAAUAAAUAUAAACGCAGGAAAGUGCCUCUUGUUUGAACGAAUAAAUAAUAAAUAAUUAUAAUAAAAUUUUCGAAUAAGUACAGGAAUUAAGUGGUGAGAUUCUACUGAAUACAGGCAAUUAAAAUUUCA